GCGCUCGGCCGCGUCGCCUGGGCAAGAUGGCGGCGCCCACGGCGGCGGGGCCGUGAGCGGCGGGCGAUGCUGGCGCUGAGGACGGCGCUGGGCCGCUGCCUGGCGGGGCCGGUCCGCAGCGGGGCCGCCGUCCUGGGGAGCGGCGGCGGCAGGGCCGUUUGCAGUCCCCUUAUUCAGACAGCCAGAUGUUACGCCAGACCUGUGAGAAGGAAGAGGAAAGACAUCCCCAGCCAUUUGGAUGAUCUUCCUCCCACAAUGCUGAAGAAAGACUAUGCCAAUGUCCCAAUAAUAAAUAGUGUUGACGAUGUAGUGAGAAGACUGUUGUCACUGGAAAUGGCAAGUCAGAAGGAGAAGAUGAAAAUAAAGACACAGCAGCUGGUGGAGAAGGUCAGGAGGUCUCCCAACGACAAUGGCUCCUUUGAGGUGCAAGUUGCCAUCCUGACUGCCAAGAUCCGCUCUUACGAGGAGCAUCUUCAGAAGCAUCCCAAGGAUAAAAGUAACCGCCGUCGCAUGCUGAUGGACAUAGAUCGCCGGAAGAAACUCCUGGCCUAUCUUCGCCGUGUCCGUUACGACACCUUUGAGAACACCUGCAAGCAGCUGGGCAUCCAGUACAGCCUGCCUCCCCCCUACACCAGGAGGGUCACCAAGCGCUGGCUCGUGAAGAAGGCUUUUUGUCUCAAGGUUUUUCAGGAGGUGCGGAAGCUGAAAGCACCAGAGAGGCUAAAGCAGAGGAAGGAGUGGCAAGCGAGAGCCCGAGCUGCGAGGGAGAGAGCGGCGCAGUGCGAGGGGACACCCGUGUAGCCACACAGGCAGGUCUCUGACAAUAAAUUAUCACCUAAAGA